AUGUGUACCUUUGAGAAGCGCGGCCAUCUCUUCAUCCUAACGCUCACCGGAACCACCAAAGCCGAUCAAGAGCACCGCCUCAACCCGCCGCUCAUCGCCUCCAUCCGCGAGUCCCUCGCUGAGGCCAGAUCCCAGGCCGCCGACGGAUCCGUCCUCAUCACUCGAUCCGAGGGCCGAUUCUUCUCCAACGGCUUCGAUCUGCGCCACGCCCAGGCCGUCGGCGCCAGAUCCGGCACCGCCGACGCCGCUAAGGCGGAGCUCCUCCGCAUGGUGGAUCUCUUCCGCGGCGUCGUCGCCGAUCUCAUGUCUCUCCCGAUGCCGACCAUCGCCGCCGUCCCCGGGCACGCCGCCGCCGCCGGGCUCGUGCUGGCGAUGAGCCACGACUACGUGCUGAUGACGUCGUCUAGGGGAGUGGCGUACAUGAGCGAGCUGGACAUAGGGAUGACACUCCCUGAUUAUUUCUCGGCCCUGAUACGUGCCAAGGUCGGCGCAGCGGCGGCGCGGCGGGAGCUGCUGCUGCGGGCGUCGAAGGUAGGGGCGAAAGCGGCGGCGGGGAUGGGGAUUGUGGACUCGGUGCACGAUAGCGCGGAGGAGGUGGAGAAGGCGGCGGCGGGACUGGCGGAGGAGUUGGGGAGGAGGCUGUGGAGUGGGGCCGCGUACGCUGGGAUUAGGAAGUCUUUGUAUCCGGAGGUUUGUGGGUUGUUGGGCUUGGAAGAGUCCACGGUGUUGCCUGCUAAACUUUGA